GCGAUUCUUUGAUAAACAGUACAAUUGACGUGGCGUCUCUGUUUGACUUUUUUUUUGCUGAUAUAAAGGAAUUGUUAUAAACCAGUCAUACUGUACGAAAAGCUCGCGUUUAAUUUAGUAAAUCGGCAUGCUUUUUUUUUAGCAAAUGCCAAGCAGCUCACCGGGGUUGAGCAGGUUUGCUAACGUACCUUUUCAUGUCAAAACCACCAAAAAGAUAUAACGUUAUGAAGGUAGAGAUGGCUUCUUCAGACUGGCAACUGUCUUUGAAGCUGAUGGAUCAGCCCAAAUCCAUCUUCCACUUCCCAGAGAUGAUGCCAGGGGAUGUGUCACCUGGAGGAUACAGAGUCGCUACUUUAAAACAACUUGUUGCAGCACAGCUCCCAGACUCCAUCCCUGACCCUGAACUAAUAGAGCUGGUCCACUGUGGGCGGAAACUUAAGGAUGAUCUAACACUGGAUUCCUGUGGGAUUCAACCUGGAUCUACCUUACACAUCCUCAAAAAAACUUGGCCAGAGCCAGAGAGCAGUCCAGAGCCUGUGAACAGAGCAACUGCAGCCAGGGAGUUCAGGGUGUUUCAUGCUGCUCUUCACUCUCUCAACUCUGCAUACAGAGACUCGGUAUAUAAAAUGCUGACAAAUAAAGAGUCUCUGGAUCAGAUCAUUGUGGCUACACCAGGGCUUAGGUCAGACCCAGUUGCCCUAGGUGUGCUCCAAGACAAAGAUCUCUUCGUGCAGUUCACGGACCCUAACAUGCUGGAUGCAUUGAUCGGUUCACACCCAGCCCUCGUCAAUGCCAUCAUCCUGGUCCUGCACUCCGUGGCAGGCAGUAUGCCCACUCAGUCCAGUGCCAGCUCUUCUCGCAAUGUUUCUGCUAGUUCUUACAGUGAUAUGCCAGGAGGCUUCAUGUUUGAGGGCAUGUCUGAUGAUGAGGAAGAUUUCCAGUCCGGUAGCCCAGCAGGUCCCUCCAACAGAGCAGGAGGCUCAGCAGGAAUGCGACCAGUGUCUCUGAGCCACAGUGGAGCGACAGGCCCUCGACCAAUAACACAGAGCGAGCUGGCAACAGCUUUGGCCCUCGCCAGCACUCCUGACAGCAGCGCGGUCACUCCAACAACUUCAAGCCAGACGGACCCCUCCAGUAGUGUAGCCCCUAUGCCAGCAGGGACUCCAGUCAGCAACGAUCUCUUCAGCCAGGCUCUACAGCAAGCUCUGCAAGCCUCCAACAUGUCUGCUCUACAGGGCCGCUGGCAGUCCCAGAUGCAGCAGCUCAGGGACAUGGGGAUCCAGGAUGAGGAGCUGAUGCUGAGGGUGCUGCAGGCCACAGAUGGUGACAUUCAGGCUGCCCUGGAGCUCAUAUUUGCUGGAGGCCCAGGACUCUGAGCCCAGACCCCAUGGACAAAGGCUUUUAUAGAGGAGAGAGCAGGAAAAGGCUUGUCAUCCUACUGCCCAGAAAUGAUAAAUUAUGGCUUUAGUCAUACAGUAUAUAGAUUUUUGUAUUAUUACCCUAUUUUCCCCAUUUAUAUACAGUACCAUUUCAACUGAGCUCCACAAAGGAAAUGACAGCCUUUUAUUAUUGAUGUGACUAGACUAGAAUUUAUGUGGAUUAUAUUUUUGCCUUUAUUUGAUCGUGACAGGUGAAGAGGUAGACAGGAAACGGGGGAGAGAGAGGGGUAUGACAUGCAACAAAGGUCACUUUUGCGACCAUGUGGCAUUUGGCUACCAAGGCGCUCCAGACUUACAUUUUAAAUAAAUUUAACCAUCAUCAACAUCAACUCCUGAGCCUGUCUUCCUCUUAAUAAAUAUGUAACAUUGACUGUAAACAUAUUGCAUUUGUCUAGUCAGUCUAUAUUCUCUAUUGAACUCUGUAAAAAUGCUGGUGUGCAAUCGUAAGAUUUAAUUUUUCUUGUUUGUUUGCUUCUUAAUCACACAAGCAUAUAUAAUCAUAAGUAUUGGGUUGCAGUAUUAAAAUGUGCGCCUCAUAUAGUGCUCCAACAUACCAUUCUGCAUUUACAUUGUUUUCUCAGCCUGUGUAAUUCCCCUAUGUGUACACUAGAUGGCAAUGCAGUAGUUUAUUUCUAUCCAGACAUGUCUGAUCAUCCUAAGUCAUCCUAGCAGACAUACUGCUCGUUUAUUUGCUUUUUCUUCCUUUCCUAAAUUUAACAUCACGUUCUUGAUCUGCCCUCUGUUGAACGGUGUUUGAUAAAUGUUUUAUUUGUA